AUGCAGAUUAAUAUUAAAAGUGAUGUUCUGCAGCCUUUACCUAUAAAGAGAAAGAUAAUAGGGUUGCCACAAAAAAAUAUAGAAUUCAAUGAUCCUUUAAAUUUAAUAUGGAAAGCUGCCUCUGCUCCAGCUACUCUAGAGCAAAUUGAAACAAUUAAAAAAGUAAGUAAGGGGCGGUAGUAGUUUUGCAAAAACCCUUUCGUGUUAAUUGACUAGGCAAUUUCUGAAAAUUCUAAAUCUAUUCAGGAAUUACUAGAUGAAAUUGAAUGA